GACAGAAGUUUCUUCCUUUUUGAUGUGGACUGUGACCAGUGUAGACCAACCUUUUCCUGCCACCACGGAGCUCAUGAGCCAUCGAGCUGCAGAGUUCCCCCACCUCACUGGGGACAGCUCAGCAAACAACACAGAUGAGCUCCUGUGUGUCCUUGGCACCUCCAGCUUCAGAUGUCCACAGCAAGCUGCCUUUGGAGCAAGGUUGCUUCUCAUGACAGCCUUCUGACUUUCUCUAGAGUUGCUUUGAAAGGCAAGAUACCUUGUUUUCUUUGGUCCAUGGAAUUCCCAUUUUUUCACGGGAAGAUAACAAAAAAAACCUGCGAAGAGCUGCUGAGCAAGAAGAAAAAGAAUGGCAGCUAUUUAAUACGGGAGAGUGAGAGUGUGGAAGGAGCCUUGUGUCUCUGUGUUCUCUUUGAGGACCUCAUCUACACUUACCGUAUCUUCAGAGAACACCAAGGAUAUUUUAGAAUACAGACUUCUGAAGGUGUUCCAGACAGGACCUUCAAAACCUUAAAGGACUUAAUAUAUGCUUUUGAAAAGCCAAAUCAAGGACUGGUAAUAAACCUCCGCUACCCAGUGAAGAAACCGAAGGCCUUGAGAAGAAACCAGAGUUUCAAGUCAGGAAUGGACAGCAUUUAUGAUGAAAUUGAUGACGGCGGUGAUUAUGUCGAUGUCUUACCCUGAAGGAUCUGUACCUGAAGGUUUGGGAAGCUGUCAUUCCAGGAUGUGCCCUGGAGGAAUUAAUAGUAUUUCAGUAAUCUCAAGGAAUACUAGUAAUCUGUCAUUUGAAUAAUACAAAUUAAAACAAAAAUGCUGUGUUAAAUCCAUGCCAUAAAAAAAUAACCAAACAGAGGAAAACUGUCGCAAUAGGACACGA